UAACAAUUAUUUCUUAUAUAAGUCACUAUACAAAAUCCGCCAAAAUUCUGUCAUCACUGUGGACCACGCCGUCGCAGCUAGCGGGAGGCGCCAGCAGCGACAGCAGUUCGGCCAAGGCCAAGUUCAAGAUAACCGUUGUUAGCACGCCCAGUCCCUCGCCGGGCUCACCGCCCCCAACGCCGCCGCCCAGCACACUCGGUCACAUGGUCGAAACAAAUUCACCGCCGGCGGCCUACGUGCUUAAGCGUUGCGCCACCGAUCUGGGCGAGCACCACCAACAACAGCUGCAGCAACAGCAGCCGCCACGGCAAAUGCAGCGCUCGCGCUCGCCCGCCAAUGCCAGCAAUGCCGCCUACCACCUGACCACCGCCAUGCUGCUCAACUCCCAGCAAUGCGGCUAUCUGGGCCAGCGGCUGCAAUCGGUGCUGCAACAGCAACAACAGCAGCAGCAGCAUCAUCAACAACAACAGCAGCCACAAUCGCAGACGCCGUCUUCCGACGAUGGCUCCCAGUCGGGCGCCACCAUUUUGGAUGAGGAGCGUCCGCGCGUAAGUGGACCCACUGCAGCAUCCGCUGCUGCCGCCUCGCUCUUCACCAUAGACAGCAUUCUGGGCUCACGCAAUGCAGCGGCAGCUGCUGCUGCCAGCAACAGCAACAACAUCAACAACGGCAACAGCAACAAUAACUGCAGCAGCAACAACAACAACAACAAUAACAUAAAUCACAACAACAUCAGCAUCAAUGGCAGCCUGGGCCUGGGUCUGGUCAAACGCAGCACCGAGUCGCCAGCCUCGCCCAACUCCAACUCGAGCUCCAGCGCCGCAGCCAGCCCGAUCCGACCGCAGCGGGUUCCUGCCAUGCUGCAGCAUCCUGGCCUGCAUCUCGGUCAUCUGGCGGCGGCAGCAGCGAGUGGCUUCGCAGCCUCCCCAUCGGAUUUCCUAGUGGCCUAUCCCAACUUUUAUCCCAAUUAUAUGCAUGCCGCGGCCGUUGCUCACGUCGCCGCCGCCCAGAUGCAGGCGCACGUCAGUGGGCAUGGCGCCGCGGCUGCUGCGGCCGCUGGCCUCUCCGCCCACGGCCAUCAUCCGCAUCAUCCGCACGCCCAUCCGCAUCCGCAUUUGGCCCACCAUGCCCAGCACCACCUGGGCCUGGGCCAUUUGGGCCAUGGGCCGCCGCCGAAGCGCAAGCGUCGCCAUCGCACUAUCUUCACCGAGGAGCAGCUGGAGCAACUGGAGGCCACGUUUGACAAAACGCACUAUCCAGAUGUUGUGCUGCGCGAGCAGCUCGCCCUCAAAGUUGAUCUCAAGGAGGAGCGCGUGGAGGUCUGGUUCAAGAAUCGUCGGGCCAAGUGGCGUAAGCAGAAACGCGAGGAGCAGGAGCGACUGCGUAAGCUACAGGAGGAGCAAUGUGGCAGCACCACCAGCAACAACAACGGUAGCAACAACACCAACAACAACGGCGGCAACAACAACAGCAGCAAUAGUUCUGGCCACACGAGCUCAACGACAGGUGGCAACGCCGGCCUCAAAUGCGACUACGCAUCGCAAUUGGUGCACAUCAAAAGCGAUCCGAAUCAUUACAGUGAUGCGGACGAAUCCUCCGAUCUGGAGGUGGCCUAAGCUAGGCUCUAAGAUAAGCUAAAUAUAAUAACUGUAAAUAUAUUUGCAGCUGCGCUUCAAACUAA